AUGGUGGAUUCCCCAAUCCUCGUGAUUGCUCAAAAUGCGUUUGCUCAGCCAGCAGGAGACGGUAAAGUACUGCAAGCUACCACAAAAUGGCAAACGCUCAAGCACAGAGUGGGCUAUAAAGAAGAUCCCCCAGGAAGACAAAUCGAAGUGAUAUUCAUCGAUUAUGGGGAUCGCGAAGUCACCACUCCAGGAUGCUACUGGGAUGGUGUGGAAAUCAAAACACAAAAAGAUCAACGAAUGACAGGAUAUAGGCAAGUUUGA